UAGGUGGAUGCUGAGCAGUACUAUGGGGAGCUAGAGGAGAAACUGACAGAUGAGUUUAAUGCUGAACGCAGCCGGAUUGCUCUCAAGCGUCUUGACAUGGCCUUCGUCACAUUCCAGGAUGAAAGAAUGACAGCCACUAUUUUAAAGGAUUACAGUCGCAUCCGCUGCCGCAAGCAUCCACAACAGUCAUCUGUUACUACAGUGGUGAAAUCCCAUUGCUGGGGUGUCAGCUAUGCCCCUGCGCCCAAUGACAUCAUCUGGGAGAAUUUAUCUGUUGGUGGUGCUUUGUGGUGGGUGAAAUUUGUCCUGCUCAACAUCUGCCUUUUCCUCCUCCUCUUCUUCCUCACUACUCCAGCCAUCAUCGUGAACACCAUGGACAUGUUCAACGUUACACGGCCUGUGGAGAGCCUCAAGAACCCUAUUGUGACUCAAUUCUUCCCCACACUGCUGCUGUGGGCGUUUUCUGUGUUUCUGCCUUUCAUUGUGUACUACUCAGCUUUCUUCGAGACACAUUGGACCAGGUCAAGUGAAAAUCAGAUCACAAUGCACAAGUGUUAUUUCUUUCUGGUAUUUAUGGUUAUCAUCUUGCCUUCACUUGGACUGACCAGUUUGGAUCUCUUCUUUCGCUGGCUAUUUGACACUCACUUUGUGGAUCAAGCAGAGAUAAAAUUUCAGUGUGUUUUCCUUCCCGAUAAUGGUGCUUUCUUUGUCAACUAUGUUAUCACUUCCAGCCUGAUUGGGACAGCCAUGGAACUAUUACGAAUCCCUGGACUCAUUGUCUAUGCCACACGGCUCUGCUUUGCCAAGUCUGAACCUGAGCGGCUCCACAUCAAGCGGAAUCAAGCCUAUGAGUUCCAGUUUGGACUGGAGUAUGCCUGGACAUGCUGCAUAUUUGCUGUGGUGAUGACCUAUAGUAUCACCUGCCCCAUUAUUGUCCCAUUUGGUUUGCUGUACAUGCUACUGAAGCACAUGGUUGACCGCUACAAUAUUUACUACGUCUACAUCCCUACCAGGCUGAACCACCGUAUCCAUUCAGCAGCAGUAAACCAGGUGGUGACAGCGCCCAUUCUCUGCAUGUUUUGGCUGCUCUUCUUCUCCAUUCUGCGUCUAGGCUCUGUUCGUCCCAUUACCAUUUUCACCUGUGUGGUUCUUCUCUGCUGCAUUCCCUUUUCCUUCUUUGGUCUGUGCCUGAAGAAGUUUCAUCCAAGGAAACCUUCCAGCUAUCAGAUGUCAGAGCAGUCUGAUGGAGCUUUCAAUGAUACAGAAACAAGUAGCAUCUCUUCCACACCCAAUUCGAAUAUGUUUGUGGCCACUGUGCUUCAAGAGCCAGAAUUAAGUCUUACGCCAGCAGCUUCCCCAGCUCAUCAGUCUUAUGGCACGAUGGGAGGCCGCCUGGAGCAAGCAGAAAAUAUAGAGGAAGGUGGCAUGCCAAGUUUUGAAACAGAACUGGAAAACACAGAAGGCAAAUAUAGAACCGGACCCAUGCUGGACACCCAAACACAUUAUCAUUGAUUUCAUCCUGUCAAACCAAAGAUAGAUGGACAGAAGUGUUGAAUCUUCAGAAUGCUGGAAAGAAGCAUCAUAACCCAAAAUCUAAAAAGCCCCAAGCUGCUACACCAGAUAGUUUGGGGGAAAGACCUGAAGUUGUAAUUUGGACCAGAACCAGUCAGGCAGAUGGAUGAUGGGCCUUUUUAAGUCUUAACAUCUGUGGGUCAUGCUGUUAGAAUGGUGGAUGCAAAACAUUGAGAUGUUGAGCACAGAUACAGACUACUGAGAUAUUCUGAAGAGAUAGUGUUAUUUCUAUUCUAUACACCAGCUGCUUAGCAGCAUGUUCUAUACGUUACCUCUGUUCUGCUCCAGGUUGACAGACUGCCAUUGUUUGGCUCUUUCUGAGUAUUCUGGUAAAUCAUCUGAAUUCUCAGUUGUUCCAUAUUCUCUUCCUCCCUCUGCCCACUAUUUUGCUUUUUUUAAAAAAAUACUUUGGUCAUAUGAAGAUACUUCUCUAGCUUGAGCAAUCUUCUCAUGGCAGCAAAAAGAAAGAAAGGACUGUUUUGAUUUGAUCAGUGCAAUGUCCAUAAUAGCUGUGAUCCUUUCUAUAAACCAUUAGUGAAAGGGGUAAAGACAUAUGGAAUGCUGAGCAUCCUUGGAUAUACAUUCGCAAUCACUGCAAAUCUCAGUAUAUUGCCAACUGCAGAACCAAAGGCCUCUGUUUUCUGAAUGAUCGAAUAAUGCUUCUGCUGCAGUUACUGCUUUUUUCCAAAUCCAUUGCCUGUAAGAAAGAUUUCCCGGCUAAUUCGAUUGAAGUGACAAGCCUAACUUGUCUCUGUUUUUCGAGGCCUGCCUUUGGCUAGUUUCUGGCUUAGCAAGCAGAAGAAUGCUAUUUUCCAAUUUUGCAUUAUUUUGGAUCAGAUGAGGUGGAAACUUCCCCAUUCCUGGUUCAACAACAGAUUUCAAUAUGGGAGAAGGGGAAAAGGGAUUUCUAGUGCUAACAGGUAGAGCUAUGUGUAUAAAAAUCUGGCCCAGUUUCCUAUAAACCAGGGAUAGGAAAAAGUUGAUCAUCAGACAAUUUAAGGAAAGGCGAAAGGUUUAACCUAUGUCAACCAUAUAUUUUUUCUUUAAUAGGGGAAUUAUUUGUACAAUUGAAGAAGAACCAGAUUUAAACACAUGACUGUUCACUAAUCACAUCUAGAGUGGCAUUAAGUUGAUAGUAGAAACUGGAGUGAAGUGGCAGGUAGAGGUAAAGUCUCUGUCCUUAAAUAAUGCAUUGUCCUUUUUGCACCAGCAUGUUUGAGGUUGCCAAUUGCCAACUGGCAUGAUGUCCCAUGCCUAAAUUUGGAAAGUCCCAAAGAAGACAACUAAAUAAUACAUAUGCUUUUCAGAAUGGCUUUCUGUUAGACAUGUGCAUGGGAAUAGAUCAGUUUCCUUUCAAAGCUACCACUAUAAGAACAACACUACUUCUAAUUAAACUGCAUUCAAACAUUAACCAGUUAGAUCAUGGUCGGGAAUUUGUGUACCUUUCCUCCAGUAGAGAUGUACUGUAAUCCCAGGAAGUAUCAUCGAAGGUGAGGGAUACUGUAAGCUAGAGACACACAGGUUCUUCAAUCUGCAUUAGGCCAUUGUUUCUCACAGCACCAUUCUGCUAGUUCCUGGCUCUAAUGGAUUGUGUACUUUUCUCUUGAACUGUGUUGUAAGACCUACAAUGGAGCAAUCUGAAAAUGUCUAAGAGAUGAAUAAUGCUAUUAAAAAAUACAUAGAAGGGAAAGUUCAUAGGUGAUUUGAAGAAAAUCACCACCCUCUUUUUUCACAGGAUUCUUAUGCUUUGAAUAACUACCAAUCCUGUAAGUAAUAAGUGAAAUGUUCCUAACUUAAUGGAUGUUAUAAAUGGAGAAAACACACUGCAUAAUACUAAACUGCUGUACCGAA